AUGUUCUCAGAUCAAAGGAAUGCCGUCACCGUGGAGUUCGAAGAAUGUAGCGACGGGGUGGUGGUGGAUCUGAAGAAGGUCAGGCAGAAGAUCGCGAACUGGGUCAGGGAGGAAUGUGCUUUUAUACUGAAGUGUGGAAGGUCGAGUAGAGGUCUGGAUGCCAAAAGUGUUGUUAUCACUGACUUUGCUUGUAUGGAGGGCAUGGAAAGUCGAAUGAGUUUGGUGGUACGGUGGAAUUCUAGUGCUUCUGUUGAUAACGGUAAUGUUUUUCAAUUUAAAAAUUUGUUUUGGGUUUUGUAAAGUUGUUGUUUAUGGGCUGGGUGACCUUCUUUUGUGGACGAUAUAUUCAGAUUAUCCUUGUUUUGCGUUACAACGGGUAAAUAAGUAAUGGUUUAGAUAUUACUAGAGCAACCAAAAAAUUAUUUUAAGAAUAACAUUUUUUUAAGUCAGUUUUGUCAAAAAUUGUUUUUUUACGUUUAAAAACGUUAACUUAAAAACUAAAAAAAUUGAAACAAAAAAGUUAAAAUGAAUGACAUUUCGAACUGAAAGUGGAAACAUGUUUAGAAGCGAACUUGGUUUCCCAAAACAUCUUGAUCGACGUUCUUCUGGCUCGAGAACACCUGCUCUCGACGUUGUUGGACUCGACCUUGCUCCAGGUGAUUCCUUCCCAGCCUCGCCUCAACUCUACAACAACAUGGAGACAAGUCGUCGUAAUUGGCGUCGUAUCUGUGUUAUGUUCCUUUCUUUUCUGCGGGCUAAUUGCAGCUUGUGUUGCUCUGAAUGUGGUCGGCUUUCAGCGAGUGUUCGGUCGAUGUUGCAUCAGGAAGAAUCGACCGUCGAAGGAGCUUCAAGAGCUGAACGAGUUGAGCCGGCGGAAUCAGGAGAUGAACUUGGCUGAUUGGGAGUGA